UUUUAUAAAAAUGGCACAUAUCCGUUGUUGAUGGGGAGAAUAUUUUUGAAUAUAUAUAUAUAUAUAUAUAUAUAUAAGAGCAGUGUGGUAUGGAUACAUCUGGUCCAAGCAAAUAAUUUCUCCUCACGUUUUUAUUUUAGUAGUAAUAAUAACACCAGCUUUGGCGUUAAUUCUUUUUAUUUUAUCCCACAACUCCCAUUCGCCUCUCUCUCUUCUCUCUCUCUCUCUCUCUAAACCGUUUCAUUCCCUGCUUUUUCUUUCGUUCUCUUCUGUUAUGUUCUCACUCCCCGCACCACCCCUCCUCCUCCUCUCCCAACACUCCUCUCAUUCCCUUUCCCUUUUACUCUCUCUCUCUCUCUCUCUCUCUCUCUCUCUCUCUCUCUCACAUUUCUCUUCAUACACAGUUAAAAAUUCAUAAAUUACAAAAUCAAGUCCCCCAUACUACAUUUUACCUGAUCUUAGUCUAGCUAUUAUUCCUCUUCUCUUCUCUCGCUGUUUUUUUUUUUUUUUUUUUUUUUUUUUUUUUUUUUUUUUUUUUUUUUUUUUUUUUUUUUUCUGGGGUAUUAAAGCACUUUUUUGAGCUGCAUUUUUCUCACACUAGUCCAUGAGCUUCUCCGGUAAGCUCUUUUUGUCUCCUUCUAUCUGUUGAGGACGAACGAGUCACUCUGCUCCACCACCUCCUCCUCCUCCUCCUCUCCUCUUCUUUUUUUUUUAUAUUUCCCACGCAGUCCACAACUCUUUUGCUUUUUUGUUGUGGGGAGAGAGCUCUUUUUGGGUUUGCGCAUGGAGAAGAAGCAGGGGUUCUUCUCGGAGCUGGUGCGGGGGCUCUCCCCGACGCGCUCCCGCGCGAAGAGCCCGGCGCGGGGCGCGUCGCACAGCGGCGGCGCGGCGGACGCUGCGGCGACGGCGAAGGCGCUGCUCCUCCUGCCGCGGCGGCGGAGCAAGGCGUCGGCGUCGGCGCCGGGGGCGGAGCCGCUCAUCGCGCGGUCGGGGAGCCUGCGGCCGCUCGGCGAGGCGCUCGCGCCGCUCAUGGAGGGGCCGGACCCAGACGGCGCCGCCGACGAGCUCCGGCGCGGCGGCGGCGGCGGGGAGAGCCGGAGGAGGGAUGGGUGGGGGAACUGGGUCCGGGGCCAGCUCUCCCGGGCGCCGUCCAUCGCCGCAGCGGGGGGCGGCGGCGGCGGCGUCGGCGCCGCCUCGCGCCGCCGCUCCGACCUCCGCCUCCUCCUCGGCGUGAUGGGCGCCCCGCUCGCCCCCGUCCACGUUAGCUCCGCCGACCCCCUCCCCCACCUCAGCAUCAAGGGCACCCCCAUUGAGACGUCGUCGGCGCAGUACAUAGUGCAGCAGUACACGGCGGCGUCGGGGGGCUUGAAGCUGCAGCGCUCGAUCCGGAACGCGUACGCGAUGGGGAAGGUGCGGAUGGUGGCAUCCGAAUUCGAGACCGCCACGAAGCUCAUCAAGAACCGCGGCGCCUCCUCCUCCUCGUCUUCUUCCUCGUCCUCGUCCUCGUCAUCUUCUUCCUCCUCCGAAUGCGGCGGCUUCGUGCUCUGGACGAUGUCCCCCGACAUGUGGUACGUGGAGCUCGCCGUCGGCGGCAGCAAGGUCCACGCCGGCUCCAACGGCCGCCUCGUCUGGCGCCACACCCCCUGGCUCGGCGCCCACGCCGCCAAGGGCCCUCCCCGCCCCCUCCGCCGCGCCCUCCAGGGGCUGGACCCGCUGACGACGGCGGGCAUGUUCGCGGGGGCGCGGUGCAUCGGGGAGAAGCGCGUGGGCGGGGAGGAGUGCUUCAUCCUGAAGCUGUCGGCGGACGCGCAGACGCUGAAGGCGCGGAGCGAGGGCCCCGCGGAGAUCAUCCGGCACGUGCUGUUCGGGUACUUCAGCCAGCGCACGGGGCUGCUGGCGCACGUGGAGGACUCGCACCUGACCCGCAUCCAAUCCCACUCGGGCGGCGACGCCGUCUACUGGGAGACCACCAUCAACUCGUCCCUGGCCGAUUACCGCCCCGUGGAGGGCGUCAUGAUCGCCCACUCGGGCCGCUCCGCCGUGACCCUCUUCCGCUUCGGCGAGACGGCCAUGUCCCACACGAAGACCCGCAUGGAGGAGGCCUGGACCAUCGACGAGGUCGCCUUCAACGUCCCGGGCCUCUCCCACGCCCACGACAAGAUCGUCUGGCGUGUCGAAGUCUAAUAAGUAAUAACCCCCCCCCUGUUCGAUCAAACCCUUCUAACUAACUUGUUCAUACUUACUACUUUCAACUGACUCUUUUUUCUCAAGUAUGAAUUACUUUUAGAUUAUUAUGUAUUAGGAGCUAAUGAAUUAAUUUUGAGUUUCGCUCUUUUUUUUACUCUUAUUAAUUCUCCGUGUUGGUGGUUGAGAAAUAUCUUUCACCAACUCGUCGAUUUUAGUUGCUAUGUUUAUCUCUCUUUCUUUCUCUCUCUUGUAAGGUUUUUAAGGUAGUUUGUAAUUUCCGCUGUUGCUAUAAACUUUGUGAGAAUGAAUGUAGGGAGUUGUGAGGUGGUAAAUUUGGAAUGUUUGAGUGUCAAGUAAUUGCUGAGGGGGUGUCACAUUUUGAUUGUGACCCAAUGUGGGAGGGGGGGGAGGGCGUUUCUGAGACCUGGGAUUGUUGUCUUGUGGGAGUUACUAUCAGUUAUUGAACGCUCACAUUUAUCUCGUUUGAUCACUUUUCCGUG